UUUUACCUCACUCGCUUUUUUUAGCGGUGAAUAGUUAAAGGAAAUUAACAUCGUUGAUGUCGACCUAACCUCAAAAAUGCCUUCCCCAACGCCCAAACAGCGUUCAAAAUCGAAGCACAGUUCACAUUCUUCUUCAUCGGCUUUAAAAUCUUCAGUGACCGCUAUAAUCGAGCCACCCCAGAGCUUACUCCCUUCGAAAGGCGAGUUCUUGCGGCUCAUAGCCGUGCUCGCAAUCGCAUCCGUAGUAGCUCUUUCCUGCAACUUCUUCGCCACCCUCUUCAGCUCCACCUCUAAACCCUUUUGCGAUAAUUUAGAACCCACCGUUUCAUUCUCUGAUGUUUGUGAGCCUUGUCCAAGUAAUGGGGAAUGUUAUGAAGGCAAGUUGGAAUGUAUUUAUGGCUAUAGAAGACAUGGAAAGCUGUGUAUAGAAGACCGAGAUAUCAAUGAAACAACUAAGAAACUUUCCAAAUGGGUAGAAGCUGGCCUUUGUGAAGCUUAUGCUGAAGUCUUGUGCUAUGGGACUGGGACAGUUUGGGUUCAGGAAAAUGAUCUCUGGAAUGAUUUAGAUGAAAACAAGUUGAUGCAAAAUGUUGGCUCAGACCAUACCUCAUACGUGUAUACAAAAAGAAAGGCAAUGGAGACAAUAGCUAAAUUAUUAGAGACAAGAACAAAUCUCCAUGGGUUACAGGAAUUCAAGUGUCCGGAUGAUCUGGCAGAGUAUUACAAACCUUUGAUCUGUCUUGUCCGUGAAUUGGUCUACAAGCAUGCUCUUAUAAUUUUGCCUGUUUGUGCAGCGCUCAUAGGAUGCGCAGUAUUAUUUUGGAAAGUCCGUAAGAGAAGGUAUCUUUCAGCUAGAGCAGAGGAGCUAUACAAUCAGGUCUGCGACAUGCUUGAGGAGAAUGCCUUGAGGUCGAAGAGCAUGGAUGGGGGAGGUGAAUCAUGGGUUGUUGCUUCAUGGUUGCGAGAUCAUCUCCUUUUGCCUAGGGAAAGAAGGGAUCCUCAAUUAUGGAAAAAGGUUGAGGAAUUGCUACAGGAUGAUUCACGAGUAGAUCGCUACCCUAAGCUUGUUAAGGGUGAAUCAAAAGUGGCGUGGGAAUGGCAAGUUGAUGGUUCUUUGAGCUCUGCAGGAAAGAGAAAGAGGGAGGAGAGAGUCGAAAUGAAAUCUGAUGAAGGCAUCAACAAAAACCUAAAUCAAUUAGGUCAAACAUUGAAGGCUGACAACCAAAAUCUUGAUGCAGAACCUAAUGCCUUGAUCUUUUGACAUGAGGAUUUUCUUGGAAAUGGUUAUACAUAACUGCCUUUUCUCAGUAUCUUAUGUCCCAACCAAAACAAGCUUACCCUGGCAAAGCAGAUGACUUUUACGAGUUUCAUUCUAGCUUAAGUAAAGGGUUUUACCAGAAUAAUCAAAGAUCUAAAGAGCUAGUUUCCACCAUUUGAUUGUGGAUCUACAGUAAUUGGAGAUUGUUUUGGAGGUUAAGACUUAAUAGAGAACCACUUGUGCGUACCAUACAUUAUACAUCAUGCAGAAUAGAACAGCUAUCUGCUCAUCUGAUUCACCAACAAAUAGGCAUCCAAAAUCACAGAAAAUCCGAUGUGU